CUUAAGGAAAAAUCUGAAAAAAUAUUCGAAAACGAUAUCACAGAGAAACUCAUUCACAUUUCAAAAGAAUUUGAUGAAAAUGAAUACAAAAAUACUAAAAGCAACGUAGACGGUGUCAAGAAUAGGAUUAUAGAAGAGUUUGUUCUUGCACCUGAGAAAAAAUUAGAUAGUAUAACGAAAGAUAUUCAUGAAACUAGUGUAGAAAGAAAGAGAAAGGGCGAAACAAAACUAUUUAGUGUAGAAGAAGAGGAGGACGACGAAGUGGAAGCGUUACUGAGACGAAGCCAGAGGCAAAGGAGCAUAUUAGACGAUAUACUGAAUCAGGAAGAUGAAAAAGCACCCCCCACCCUCAAAGAAAGUUCGCUGAAGGACGGCCAUGUGUACGAGUCGCUUCCUCUGGUCUACACCGUCCAGGCUUCUGGCACGCCAAAGCCGACGGUCCGCUGGCUUCACGACGGCAAGGAGGUGAAGUCCAACGCGAGGAUCCACGUCACCAAUGACGGAGAUGUUUACAAACUGGAGAUUGAUAAGGUGGAUCUGAAGGAUGCCGGUCAAUGGCAAGUCGAGAUCGGUAAUGAUCUUGGCAAGAAUGUGUUGAAGGCUGAGCUCUCUGUUUCACCGGAGAGCGAGCUGCGCAAGCCGAAGUUCACGCAGCCGCUGGAGGCGCAGCGCGUGCUGCAGCGCGAGCCCGUGCAGCUGCGCGCGGUGUGCACGGCCGACCCGCAGCCGCACGUGGCCUGGCUCCUCAACGGCAACGAGCUCACGCCUGACGCCACCAUACUCACCUCCGCCGAGACCAAGGACAUCGAACACGGACUGAAAGAGUGCACCUUCACGCUGCAGAUACCUACUGGUCGCCACGCCGACACCGGUGAGUACACGAUCCAGGCUAAGAACAAGUACGGCGUGGGCGAGAGCUCCGCGCGACUCGACAUCCUGCUGCGGCCCGAGAUCGAGGGCUUGAAGGACGUCACUGCUGUGCCUUAUGAAGAGACCACCUUCAUCGCUAAUGUUCGUGCCAACCCUAUCGCUGAGAUUCAAUGGAGUAAAGACGGCUAUGUGAUCAAGCCAACGGCUCACUACGAGAUCAUCGAAGAUAAGGCCGCGGAGAAGUAUCAGCUGAUAGUGAAGAAAGUUGGUGUCGAUGACGCAGGAGUCUACACGCUGACGGCCAAGAACGAGGUCGGAGAGACCUCACAGCAGGCCAAGCUUACCGUGCACACCGGUGACCCAGUGUUCACAAAACCGCUACAAAAGCAAACCGUGAAAGACUACGACAACUGUACCCUGAAGGUGCGCUGCGACGGCGAGCCCAAGCCCGAGGUCCACUGGUACCUCAACGGCAAGGAGAUCUCCUCCGACGAACGACGCACCAUCACCACGCAGGUCGGCGGGCAGGUAGACAGCGAGCUGGAGAUCAAACAUUUCAACGCUAGUGAUGCUGGCAAGUACAAGGUCCGCGCAGUGAACUUGGCCGGCGAGGCGGAGUGCGAGGCGCCGGUGUCGCUGGCGCAGGCGGCGCCGGGCUUCACGCACAAGCUCGAGCGGCAGAAGGACGUGGACGAGGGCGAGCCGCUCGAACUCAAGGCCAAGGUCGACGGCAGCCCCAUACCCACUGCCAAAUGGUACAAGGACGGCGCGCCGCUGUCGCCCGAGGACGCGCGCGUGCAGCAAGUAUCGCUGCCGGACGGCACGGUGAAGCUGAGCAUCGAGCACGUGACGCCGGCCGACUGCGGCGCCUACAAGCUCGUCAUCUCCAACCCGCACGGAGACCACUCCGCACUCUGCGCCGUUGCUGUUAACCCUACUCCGAGGAAACCAUCGUUCAGCCAAGAGUUGGAAGACGUGAAAGCUGUCGUCGGAAAGCCUUUGAAACUCGAAGCUAGGGUUAUGGCAUUCCCUGCGCCUGAAGUCAAAUGGUUCAAGGAUGGUCUGCCGGUCCGUCCGUCGCAAGCCAUCAACUUCAUCAACCAGCCGGGCGGUAUAAUCGGCCUCAGUAUCGACAGCUGCAAGCCCGAAGACGCCGGCGUCUACUCGCUUACAGUCACCAACAAACUCGGCGAGGUUGCCUCUAAGGCCAAUGUGGAAGUGACGCAAAAGGAACGCAAGCCCGCCUUUAUCGCUGAACUGCAGCCCACAAAAGUCAUCGAAGGAUUCCCCGUCAAGAUGGAAGUCAAAGUUCUCGGACACCCUCCGCCUACCAUCAAAUGGACUCACAACGGCAAAGAGAUAGUCCCGGACGGCACCCGUGUGCGUGUAGUGUCCCAACCCGAUGGAUCCCACGCGCUGCUCAUCGACAAGGCGACGCCCGCUGACGCCGGACAAUACGGAGUGAUCGCUACAAACGACCAGGGCGAGAUGGCCAGCAAUGCUGAACUUAAAGUUGCCAGCCGUCAAGAUGACUCGUCUCCACAAGAGCGUCCCCAGUUCAUCCACGGCCUGCGCGACAUCACGGCCGAGGAGGGACAGCCCUUGUCGGUGACGGCGCCCUUCGUGGGCAACCCUGUGCCUGAAGUCACGUGGACUAAAGACGGACAGCCCCUCAAGCCUAAUGAGAAGAUACUGCUCACUUGCGAUGGAAAGAGGGUGGGUCUAGAGAUAAACCCGGUAGAGAUGCCCGAUGCAGGCGUGUACGGCGUGAAGCUGGUGAACCCGCUGGGCGAGGACUCGUCUGAAGGCAAGAUCAACGUACGCAAGGUCUACCAACCGCCUACAUUCGCGCAGAAGUUCACUGAUCUGCAACAGCUCCCAACAUUCGAUGCGAAGUUCCCAGCCCGCAUAUUCGGUAUCCCAGCACCUGAGAUCUCGUGGUACAAAAACGGUCAGCUCCUCCGACCCUCGGAGAAGUACAGCAUCAAGCGCGACGGUGACGCAGCGUGCCUGUACGUGCGGGACCUCGUGCCCGACGACGCGGGCGCGUACAAGUGCGUCGCCAAGAACAGGGAGGGCGCGGCCGAGUGCGAGGCCAACUUGGAAGUCGUUGAUAAGAUUGCCCGCAAGCAAAAGGUGGAGCCGCCGUCAUUCCUGAAGAAGAUCGGCGACCUGGAGGUGUUCCGAGGCAUGAGCGCCAAGUUCACGGCCUGCGCCACCGGCACGCCGGAGCCCGACGUGGAGUGGUUCCACAACGACGUGAAGCUGUUCCCCUGCGAGCGCAUCCGCAUGGACAAGGAGUCCACCGGCCUGCUGCGCCUCACCAUCAGCGGCGUCGACGUCAGCGACACCGGCGCCUACCGCUGCAGGAUCUACAACCCGCACGGAGAGGACUCCUGCACCGCACAGCUUACUUAUGAUACCCUGGAGCCUCACACAGGCAAACGUCCUAUCUCGGAUCAAUACUCGGACUUUGACAAAAUGAAGAAGACCGGUAUCCCGAUGCCGCUCGCCGACAGGCCGAUCAUCUCGCGUAUGGCCGACAGGCACCUCACUCUCUCUUGGAAACCGUCCAUCCCCCACGGACCGAGGUUCCCCGUCACUUACCAGGUGGAGAUGUGUGAGUUGCCGGACGGCGACUGGUUCACAGCCCGCACCGGUCUGCGCUCCUGCGUGUGCGACAUCCGCAACCUCGAGCCCUUCCGCGACUACAAAUUCCGCAUCCGCGUCGAGAACAAAUAUGGCGUCAGCGAUCCCUCGCCCUACGCCAUCACACAUCGCUCCAAGCUCGAGCCAGACCCGCCCAAAUUCAUCCCCUACCUUGAGCCCGGCAUCGACUUCAGACCAGAGACUUCCCCCUACUUCCCCAAGGACUUCGAUAUUGAGCGCCCUCCUCAUGAUGGCUACGCUCAAGCCCCCAGGUUCCUUCGCCAGGAACAUGACUCCCAGUAUGGUGUAAAGGGUCACAAUGUCAACCUCUUCUGGUUCGUAUAUGGUUACCCCAAGCCCAAGAUGACGUACUUCUUCAACGAUGAGCCCAUCGAGAUCGGUGGCAGAUAUGAUUGGAGCUAUACCAGGAAUGGACAGGCUACUCUGUUUAUCAAUAAGAUGUUGGAACGCGAUGCUGGUUGGUACGAAGCCGUAGCGACCAAUGAGCAUGGACAAGCGAGACAGCGAGUUCGUCUCGAGCUGGCUGAAUACCCCACCUUCAUCAGAAGACCUGAGGAAGCUGUGGUGCUGCAGCGCAAGAAUGUACGCAUCGAGGCAAGGGUCACCGGCGUGCCCUACCCUGAGAUCAAGUGGUACAAGGACUGGCAACCGCUGGCGCCCAGUGCCAGGAUUAAGAUCCAGUUCAUCGAGCCAGACACCACCAUUCUGGUGAUCAACGACGCGAUCCUCAAGGACGAAGGUCUUUACUCCAUCUCCGCUCGUAACGUCGCCGGCUCUGUCAGCUCCUCCGCCAUGCUGCAUGUUGAGGAGAGCGAACAUGAGUAUUCGGACAGGAUCCGCGAACACCCGCCGCGCGUGAAGCCGUGCAACAAGCCGUUCGGCGACUUCUACGACCUCGGCGACGAGCUCGGCCGCGGAGUGCAGGGCGUCGUCUACCACGCCGCGGAGAGGCUCACUGGACGUAACUACGCCGCCAAGAUCAUGCACGGCAAUUCAGAUCUGAAACCAUUCAUGAAGAACGAGCUGGACAUCAUGAACUUGCUCAACGACCGCCAUCUCAUCCGCCUGCACGACGCGUACGAACACGACCACACGCUGGCGCUAGUCACCGAGCUAGCGGCUGGCGGCGAGUUGGUCAGGGACCGUCUAUUGAGAUCUACCACCUAUACUGAACGCGAUAUCGCUGGAUACAUCAGGCAGAUGCUGAGAGGCUUGAAGUACAUGCACGAUAACAGUGUCGCCCAUCUUGGACUUACCAUCGGCGAGCUGCUCCUGUCCCACGCGGGCAGCGACGAGCUGAAGCUCUGCGACUUCGGCCUCUCGCGCCGCAUCCAGUUCAACAAACACGCCGCCCUCGACUACGGCAUGCCCGAGUACGUCGCGCCAGAGGUCGCCUCCGGUGACGGCGUCUCCUUCGGCGCUGACCUCUGGAGCGUCGGCAUCAUCACCUACAUCCUGCUCAGUGGACACUCUCCCUUCCGUGGCCUCAACGACCGCGAGACCCUCACUAGGAUCCGCGAGGGACGCUGGGAGUGGCACGACGAGGAGUGGUGGUCUCGCCUCAGUAUCGAGUGCCGCGACUUCAUCUCCAAGCUCCUGGUCUACAACUGGCAUGAGAGGAUGGACGUCAAUACCGCGCUCUCGCACCCAUGGUUGACACUGGCUGACAAGAUCUACCAAGAGGAGUACCAGAUCACGACUGACAGGCUCAGAAACUACUACAAUCUGUACAGGGACUGGACCAGCAACGCUCAGUGCCGCACGUGGUUCCGCCGCAGGCCGCUCAGCGGCGCCUUCGAACAUCCUUCGAAGAUGGUCUACCCGCCCGGAGAAGUCUACACUCCUGAAGGUACUCCAGACCGCGACCGCAGCUCGCGCGAGCGCAAACCUGCUGAAUGGGACCUCAAGUUCAAGCAAUGGGACCAUCCCGACUGGGAAGUGUCUGCUACAUCUGAGAGCCAUUACCAGAACGGUCCCGACACGUACCUGCUGCAGCUGCGCGACACGCAGUUCCCGGUGCGCCUGCGCGAGUACAUGAAGGUGGCGUGCGACCGCUCGCCCGGCUACAGCCUCAACGUCUUCGACACCUACGACCCCAGGACCCCAAUCAUCCGCGAGCGUCGUCGUUUCACGGACAUAAUGGAUGAAGAGAUCGACGACGAACGUCGCGAAAGGAUCAACAACUACGGCACCGAGAGCUACACCAUCCGCAGGCUCAGACACGAGCUUGGAACUCGCCUCGACAGCUACGCAGAGGCGCAGGCGCUCAUGGAGUCCAAAAAGGACGGACAGCUUCCGUUCUUCAGGGAGAAACCUCAGACCUUGCCAGUCAGGGAAGGAGAGCCAGCACAACUAUCCUGUUACGCCGUUGGCGACCCCAAACCCGUCAUCCAAUGGUUCAAGAACGACAUGGUCAUCGCCGAAGGACAAAGAAUCAAAAUCGUAGAAGACGAAGAUGGAAGAUCUACCCUCAAAUUCGAACCGGCGAUGCACCAUGAUGUAGGCUACUAUAAAGUCGUAGCACGAAACAAGGUAGGACAAACGGUAGCUAGAACCAGGGUAGUCGAAGCUACAACUCCCGACGCUCCCGACAGCCCUACUGCAACGGAAAUCUCCGACACCGAAGUGCUAUUGAGAUGGAAGCAACCGAAAUACGACGGAAACUCGCCUGUUGUCUGCUACAGCUUACAAUACAAGGAAGGAGACAGCGUCGAAUGGAAGGACGUUGCCAACAACAUCGACCACGAAUUCUUCGUAAUCAGAGAUCUUCAACCAGACACAAGCUACCAGUUUAGGCUAUCUUCCCGUAACCGCAUCGGAUGGAGCGAUAAAGGAAUACCCACAAAUCUGAUCAAGACGAAAGAAGCCGGCGCUCCCAAAGUCGAAGUCACCAAAGCCAUGAAACACUUACAGCAACUCACAGAAUCCGGACAAGAGAUCGUUCUAGACGAAGACAAACCGAGAUUGGACUACGCGACAGAGGAGAGCCCUGUAGACUGGUACUCAGCGAACACUUUCACAGAGAGGUACAGCUUCAUAUCGGAGUUGUGGCGCGGCAAGUUCUCCAUCGUAGUGAAGGGCGUAGACAAGACCAACGACAACGUCGUCGUUGCUAAGAUCUUAGAGAACCGACCGGACACAGAAGUCCAGAUCCAGAGAGAGUUUGAAUGCUUAAGGAGGCUCAGGCAUGAAAGGAUAUCGAACAUAUUAGGAGCUUACCAGGCGCCAGGCUCGCCAGUUUCCGUCAUCAUUCUGGAGAAGCUACAAGGUGCUGAUGUCCUCACAUACCUGUCCAGUCGCCACGACUAUACCGAGCAAAUGGUAGCGACUAUUGUCACACAGAUCCUUGACGGUCUCCAGUACCUCCACUGGCGAGGGUACUGCCACUUGGACCUUCAGCCUGACAACGUAGUGAUGGCAUCAGUCAGGGCUAUACAGGUCAAACUUGUAGACUUCGGUUCCGCACAUAAAGUCACCAAGCUCGGCACUAGUGUACCACAAGUCGGCGAUUUGGAAUACAAAGCGCCAGAGAUAAUAAACGACGAGCCAGCGUACCCACAGACGGACAUCUGGUCGCUGGGCGUGCUGACGUACAUCAUGCUGUCGGGCAAGUCGCCCUUCCGCGGCUCCGACGACGCCGAUACCAAGCAGAACAUCUCCUUCGUGCGAUACCGCUUCGAGCAUCUCUACAAGGAGAUCACUCAGGAAGCGACGCGAUUCCUAAUGUUCCUGUUCAAGAAGGUGCCACUAAAGAGGCCCUCCGCCGAGGAGUGCCAUGAACACCGCUGGCUCACACAGAGCGACUUCAUGAACAAGAAACGCGAACGAGCUGUCUUCCUUGGCAACAGACUGAAGGAAUUCUCCGACGAGUACCACGAGCGCAAGGCGCGAGAGUCAUCAGCGGCGGACAGCGUGGCGGCCGCCUUCGGACAACUCGCACCACGUCUGCUCACACGCUCCAACAGCAUCCAGGACGAGCUGCUCACCACCACCACAUUCGCCGCGCUACCACACUGAACCAAUACCACGACUCCUGCCUACACCCUUGGAACUAUUGGCAAA